AUCAUCAUCUUAAGCUUUGGUCUGAGUUGAGUGCUCAUCCUCACAAUUUGGUUACUUAUACGCUUAAAUACAAGUAUUAGAAAGCAUAAAACAAGACAAUUUGGAUGGUCCAUGAUUGGGAAAGAUAAUGAUAAACACUCAGAAAUUGCUUGCACAACUACAAACAAACAUCACUACAAAGUGCAACUAUAACCAAUCACAAGUCUAUAAAUACAAGCAAUAUAUAACUAGGAAGCUAAGCUCAAACCAAACAUAAGGAAGGAAAGUGAGUAUUUGAAGACUAAAUUUUGGUUAACCAAUGGCUACAUUCAAGGAAAUGAACCUAAGAAAAUUUGCAGUAGGGAUGAUUUGUUGGAGUAUCUUGUUUCUAAAUAGUUUUGCCAUUGCAGAAAGACCAUUAAAGGAUAAUAUCAACCAUCAAACAAUUAGCUUAGUGGUUGAUCAAGACCAAACGAUGGAAAAGAGCUUAUUAACUAAGGUUUACAAUUUCUUAUGGCAAGCAGGAGGAUCCUCAUACCAGCCUGUUUGGCCUGAUAUGGAGUUUGGUUGGAGAAUUGUGGUGGGAUCAUUCAUAGGGUUCCUUGGCGCGGCUCUAGGAAGUGUUGGUGGAGUUGGAGGAGGCGGAAUAUUUGUUCCGAUGCUUACUUUGAUCAUUGGUUUUGAUCCCAAAUCAUCUACUGCCAUUUCUAAAUGUAUGAUAAUGGGAGCAGCUGCAUCGACAGUCUACUGCAAUCUAGGAUUGAAGCAUCCAACAGUGGAUAUGCCCCUCAUAGACUAUGACCUUGCUUUACUAAUCCAGCCGAUGCUCAUGCUUGGAAUCAGCAUCGGAGUUGCCUUCAAUGUAGUGUUCGCUGAUUGGAUGGUCACGGUCCUUCUCAUCAUCCUUUUCUUAGUAACAUCGAUAAAAGCUAUACUAAAAGGAGUAGAUACGUGGAACAAAGAGUCCGAGAUGAAACAGGUAAUAGCCACAUUACAGGUACCUGACAGUAAGGGAGAAGACGAUUCUGAAGCCGACUACAAACCAUUAGCCAGUGGACCUCCUACUCAUGCAGAUGAUGUUAAGGUUCCGAUACUAUCCAACAUAUACUGGAAAGAACUGUCAUUGCUUGUUUUUGUUUGGAUGGGAUUUCUUACCAUUCAAAUUCUUAAGAAAUACACGACUACCUGUUCUACCCAAUACUGGAUGCUGGACGCGUUGCAGUUACCUAUAGCUGUAUCAGUGAGUCUAUAUGAAGCCAUAGGCUUAUACAAAGGGACUAAAGUAAUUGCAUCAAAGGGGAAAGAAAUAACAGUUUUGAAAGUGCAUCAAAUCUUCAUCUACUGUUUAUGUGGUGUACUUGCUGGUAUGGUUGGUGGUCUACUUGGGUUAGGCGGCGGUUUCAUCAUGGGACCUCUCUUUCUCGAACUCGGUAUUCCACCUCAGGUAGCAAGUGCAACUUCAACAUUUUCAAUGAUAUUUUCAUCAUCAAUGUCAGUAGUGCAGUACUACAUCCUUAAACGUUUUCCAGUACCUUACGCGACAUAUUUUGUGCUGGUUGCAACAUUAGCUGCCUUUGCUGGUCAGCAUGUAGUAAGGAAGUUGAUAAAACUGCUAGGCAGAGCAUCCAUAAUCAUCUUUAUCCUAGCUUCAACAAUUCUCAUCAGUGCAAUCACACUAGGCGGAGUUGGAAUUGCGGACAUGAUACAGAAGCUGCAAAAUCACGAGUAUAUGGGAUUUGAGAAUUUCUGUCAUCGUCGUUAAUUAAUUCUUAUUUUUUCAUUAUAAUUUAUGUUAAAUGUCGUUAUUAAUAUGACACUCUCAAAGUUUUAGUGCCUUACUUUUUGAAGUGACAAAA